GCACCACUACAUUAUUUUCACAGAAAAUGCAUGCACCAGGAAAUGGACCAGCAUUUGCCAUUUAUUAUUCUCUUCUUGCAGCUUUCGGCGUUCUAGCUAAUUUGGCGACAAUUGUGAUCCUCUCCCGUGGAAGGUGUGGUCUGUCCAAGUGCAUUACGCAGUAUCUCAUCUCGAUGGCCGUGACUGAUUUUCUCGUUAUUAUCGCUGCUGUGAUAUUAAGUCGGCUUCGUGUAAUUUAUUUUCCUGCUAAUUUCCUUUCUACAACACCAGGAUGUAGUGUCAUUAUUGUUUUCAGCUGUGCAUCCAGGGACAGUUCUGUUUGGUUAACUGUUGCUUUCACCUUUGAUCGCUACCUCGCCAUAUGUUGCCCUGAACUCAAAACAAAAUACUGCACAGAGAAAACAGCAGUUGUGGUGAUAACAGUUGUCUGUAUGAUGUGCUGUUUAAAAAACAUUCCUUUCUAUUUCAUAUAUGAGCCAAUGUAUAUGAUUGAUAAAGUACCCUGGUAUUGCAGUAUAAAAGCAAGCAAUUACAUUUCAAUUGCAUGGAGAGUAUAUGACUGGCUGGAUCGUAUAUUAACCCCUUGUCUACCUUUCGUACUAAUUUUACUGCUCAAUGUUUUGACUGUUAGACAUAUUCUGCUGGCCAGCAGAGUCCGCCGGAGACUUCGUGCUGAAAGAAAUGGCAAGAAUCAGGGUGACUCAGAGAUGGAGAGCCGCCGAAAAUCCAUUGUUUUACUCUUUGCUAUCUCGGGCAGUUUUCUGUUAUUGUGGUUGACAUAUGUUGUAAACUUUCUAUUUGUUCAAAUUUCAGGCAGCAAUUACUCUAUAGGUUCCAAUGCUAAUGACCCAAAAUUCAUCUUGCAAGAAUGCGGAUAUAUGCUACAACUUCUUAGUUCUUGCACAAAUACGUGCAUUUAUGCAGGAACACAGACUAAAUUUAGAAGAGAGUUAAAGGAUGCAUUUAAAUUAUUCUUUAAUCUCAUUGCUAAACUGCAUAAAUAGUGAACAUGGCUGAACAAAUAGUUGCCAUAAUGAAGUGCUUGUGUAUAAAUAGACUAUUUAGGAAGUAAAAUUUUAAA